GUGGAGUGAUAACAUCAAACCCUCCGAGUCCGUUGGGCGCUUAUGAUAUCAAUUGAAAUUCAUUACGCCGUUCCGUCACCGGCGACGAAGUCAUAUAGACCCGUAACAGCUGAUCGCCCGCCAUGCCGUGCGUCUGUCAUCUCUAGGUAUCAAUUUCGAAUAUACCCACUGUACCCAGUCCUUGGAGUCGGUCAUAAUCAUAAUCUUUAACUAGACCAGCCCAACCAACAUUCAACAAUCAAGUUAUCAACAUCAUAACAUGACACCCUCGAUCCUCAUUCUGGGCGGCACCGGCAAGGUGGGCAGCCGUCUGGCGCGCCAGCUCUCAGCCUCUCAACAGCCCAUCCUCGUCGCCUCCCGGCGCGGUACAGGCAAUGGCCACGGUGUUCCGGUCGCCUUUGACUGGCACAAUCGCGAGACAUGGGAGAAGCCCUUUGCCACGGCCGCAUCGCCAAUUGGUGCCGUCUAUCUCAUAGCCCCGCCCUCGUUGGACGCCGACAAGAUCAUGAACGAGUUCAUCGACUUUGCGCGCGAGCGAGGGGUGCGCCGGUUCGUGCUGCAGAGCGCAUCAUCCAUCGAGCCCGGCGGGCCGGCCAUGGGCAAGGUACAUUCGUAUCUUAUAGAGCUAGGACAGCGUGGAGAGGUGGACUGGGCUGUUCUCAGGCCAACCUGGUUUCAGGAAAACUUUGCAGACCAGCCAAACCACUACCGAUCCAUCAAGGAGGAGGGUAAAGUCUACUCGGCGACUGGUGACGGCAAGAUUCCGUGGGUGUCAAGUGACGACAUUGCUGCGGUAGCGGCGCGAGCCCUCACUAGCCCGGAACCACCCAACACCGAGUAUCUAGUCCUGGGACCUGAGCUACUCUCGUAUGGCGAGAUCGCAGACAUUCUCACCGAUGUCUUGGGGAAGAAGAUCGUACACGUCGACCUUUCAGCCGAGGGCCUCGAGGAGCGCCACCAAAGCUUUGGGAUGGCUGCAGAAUAUGCAAAAAUGAUGAGCGCCAUGGAUACUGCCAUCAAGUUCGGUGCCGAGAACCGGACAAACGACGUGGUCUUGGCUGUGACGGGUGACAGGCCCAAAACCUUUAGGGAGUUUGCUGAGUCUGCCAAGGAGACAUGGCUUUGAAUUCUGUGCCCUUUUUGUGGCAUACUUACUAUAGGUGUAUUAUGUCUCUCUAUAUCGUAAUCAGUAGAGGAAGCAAUGCAAUACCUCAUGUCGAUGGCUAAGUAGUUC